GGUUACUCUCAAGUUAGUUUGUAACUAAUAACAUCCGACUGUGCUGUGGCAGAAAGGUCGCGCUUGGCUGUGUCGUUGUGGAGGGAAUUUGUGAUUAUUUCCCGGGAAUCAUCCUACCGGCUCCCAGCGUUCAUUUAAACAGAAACUCAUUUUGAACGGUACUCACAAGGUUAGUUAGUAAGAACCAUUGGCAACUCGUUAUCACCCCAGUCUUCAAGGAAAUAUUAGACCUAAUUGUGUCUUUUAGGACGGUUAACUAUCCACACUAGGUGGUGAGCGGUGGGCAUGGCAACAGGGGGAACUCCAUUUGAUGACUGCUCAGAGCAAGAGCUCCACAACUGGACGGUAACAAACAGCAGCCUGGAGGACAGGCUCAACAACAUGGACUGGGGCGUCCAGCAGAAGAGGGCCAACCGGUCCUCCGAGAAAAACAGGAAGAAGUUCUCCGGCAUGGCCGAGACGGCGCGGCUGACUAACGACAUCUCGCCGGAGUCCACCCCUGGGGCCGGGCGGCGAAGGGCACGAACCCCUCACUCCUUCCCCCACAUCAAGUACACCACCCAGAUGUCUGUACCGGACCAGGCUGAGCUGGACCGGCUACGGCAGAGGAUCAACUUCACCGACCUGGACGAGAGGAGCAUCGGUAGUGACUCCCAGGGCCGUGUUACAGCCGCCAACAACCAGAGGCAGCUGGCAGAGAACAAGAAGCCUUUCAACUUCCUGCCGUUGCACGUCAACACCAACAAGAGACAGGACAAGCUUCUCCUGCCCUCUUCCUCGGCCCCUGCCACCCCCGCGGUGGCUAAGAAGCAGAGCCUCAGCUUCAGGGGAACCCUGACCCUGGCUAAAGAGACGCCUGGUCGGGACCGUGGGCCGGAGAGAGGGCCCCCCAGGGAGGAUGGGCGUGAAGGGCCUGGUAUUGACAGCAGCCAGGUGGUGAGCAAGCUGGUGCAGAUCCGGGAGUACAUCAGCAAGGCCAGCUCCAUGAGGGACGACCUGGUGGAGAAGGAAGACGUGCCGGCCAACGUGGAGCGCCUGUCUCACCUCAUCUGCCACCUCAAGGAGCAGGAGAAGUCCUACCUGCGCUUCCUGCAGAAGAUGCUGGCCAGGGAGAACCAGGAGGACGAGGAGGGGACGCUGGACUCAGCCGUGGGCUCAGGCUCCGUGGCAGAGAGCACCUCCCUCAACAUUGAGGUGCGAUCCUCCGACGUGUCCAACGCCACUGGCGGCGGUGCGUCCAGCCGGGGCGAGCAGAAGGAGGAGCUGGAGAACCUGCGCAAGCAGCACGAGCUGCUGAAGAAGAUGCUGGAACAGCAGGAGCAGCUGAGGGCCCUGCAGGGCCGCCAGGCCGCGCUGCUCACCAUGCAGCACAGCGCAGAGCACGCCAUCGCUGCCAUGGACGACGCAGCAGUGGUGACGGAGACCACGGGCAGCGUGUCGGGCCUGAGCAUCACCUCGGAGCUCAACGACGAGCUCAACGACCUCAUCCAGAGGUUCCACAACCAGCUCCACGACACCCAGACCAAGGCAGUCCCAGACAACCGUCGCCAGGCCGAAAGCCUCUCCCUGUCCAGGGAAGUGUCUCGGUCGCGGGCCUCCCAGCCUCCCCCUCCUCCCUCGUCCCGCGCCUCCCUCCUCUCCUCCUCCCCCCUCACCACCUCCUCCCUGCCCCACGGCUCCGCGGCCAGCGCCAAGCUCACCAAGCUGCAGGAGCUGCAGGACAAGAAGCAGACCAUGGACAAGAUCCUGCAGGAGCUGCACUCUCUCCGGGACCAGACGCUCAACAACAACUCCUGUCGAGGCCUUCCCGUGCCCAGCCAGCGCAGCCUGAGUGUGGCUGCGGGCUCGACACCCCGCCCCUCUGCUCUCUGCUCCAACGGGAGCUCCGCCUCCUUCCACAGCUCACACCAGGACACCUCCAACUCUGCAGACAAACUCAGAAAGCUGAAGGAGGUUCACAAGCGUCUGAACGAGCUGCGGGAGCUGGUGCAGUACUACGAGCAGACGUCCGACAUGAUGGUGGACACCGUCAACGAGAACGUGAAGGAGGAGGACGAGGAGGACGAGACUGAAGACGGCUCCAUGUUCGAGGCCAUGUUCGACUCGGAGCAGGAGAACCGGCCGCCCGUCACCAACAUCAGAAACCCUCAGCACAGCGGGAACUGGACCGACAUGAACAGCCUGACCGACGGACGAGGAGGAGGAGGGAGAGUAAGAGGAGGGACCAACAACCGCGACGGCAGACUGAACACGGAGUGCGAGAUCAAUAACCGCUCUGCUGCUAACCUCCGAAGCCUCAACAUCCCCUCUGUCAUAGAGUGCCAGUACAACCAAGACCAUCCCAAGGACGACAACGAGGAGGAAGAGGACGAGGAGGGUCUGGAGGAGGGGGCACGUGGAGGCAGGCGGAGGGGGCGGCCCAGUGACGGGUCUGGCUCCAGCCGCAGGAGCAGCCUGGCUGGGGACGACGCCGACUUUGCCCAGAAGGUCCACCGCCUGCAGACGGCCAAGCAGAAGCUACGACAGCUGCAGGAGCUGGUGGCCAUGGUGCAGAGUGAUGACACGGACGCCACCACAGCCAAUGAGGACGAGGCGCUGCACCAGCAACCCAACAACACCAGACACACAGCACCUGGGGGAGGGGGGGGCGGGGGACCCAAGACGCCCCGAGAGGUCAGCCUGUCUGACAAAGCUAGGGAGAAGUUGUACGAGGAGAAGCUGCGUCAGCAGCAGCAGGAGCUCAAGCAGCUCCACGAGGAGCGCCAGAGACUGCUGGAGAUCCAGGGCAAGAUCCAGGACCUGCAGUGGGCUUGCCCCGACCUGCAGUCAUCCAUGUCCAGCACGAUGAGUCAGCAGGGCCCUGUGAUGAGGAACCUCCCAGGAGCGUCCUCCACCCCCACGCUGCAGCCCAGUGGCACCACCCCCAAAGCCAACGCUGCCACGCUCAAGCCCACGGCCGAGGCUGCCAGCGCCUCAGUCACAGACAACGAGCAGCUGUGGUCGGAGAUGCGUCGCCACCAGAUCCUGCGUGAGGAGCUGCGUCAGCGCAGGAAGCACCUGGAGGCUCUGAUGGCCGAGCACCAGCGCCGCAGCAGCGGCCCCGAGCUCCAGGCCGCCUCCCAGGCCCUCAGCAGGGACGAGAGAACCAUGGCAACCUGGGGUGGCUCCACCCCCUGCCAGCUGGACGAGGAUGAGGACGGCUACACGUCCGAGAUUGGAGCUGAAGAAGAAGAAGAAGAGGAGGAGGAUGAGGAAGAGGUGGAGGGGGCUGAGAGUAGCUCCAGCGAUGACGUCCAUAUCUACUCUAACAGCUGGAACCAACGCAGCCACAGCACCAGGAAGAACAUGACCAGCAACCUGAAGCCUCCUCAGCCGUUCUCCGACAGCACGGGCCGUCCGUCUCCGAGGGCCAGAGCCAGGGCCAAGCAGCAGCUCCAGGCCCAGGGCCUCCAGCAGCCAGCAGCAGCAGGACCAGCAGCAGGAGGAGGAGGAGGAGGGCCAGGGAGCUCUAGGCGCCAGGAGAACCUGCGCUGGGCCUCAGAGCUCUCCUUCUCUGAGGGCUCGCGCCACUGGCAGGAGCAGGUCACCCAGCUGCAAAGACAACUGGACUUCAGCACCAGCAUGUGUCAGACACUGCUGCAAGACCAGCAGACGCUGUCCUACAUGCUGCAGACCCUGCUGACGGGCCAGUACAGCGUGCUGCCCAACAACCUGGCCUCUCCCCAGGUCCACCUGGUCAUGCACCAGCUCAACCACUGCUACAGUCAGCUGGCCUGGCAGCAGAGCAACGUCCAGAGGCUGAAGCAGGUCCUGAGUGAGCUCAUCCAGCAGCAGCAGCAGCAGCCUGUGUCGUCAGGUCAGCAGGCCCAGGCCUCCCCCCAGGCCUCUCCCCAGACCUCCUCCCAGGAUUGUCCUCCUCCCCCCUCCAGCUCCCCCAGCCUCUUCCUGCCCUUCGCCUCCCUGGCGCCGCCUCCCUCCUCGGGAAACGCAUUCUACCUGCCUGGUCUGGCCCCCGCCUUCUCCCCCCUGCCCGUCGGGUUUAACUUGAACCCCCUCUUCCCAUCCGUGACUGGGGACUUCCCUCAAGCUGAGGGUGCUCAGGCCAGCCCUGACCAGGUGCACCUCCAGCUGGACCCCAACACCUCAGCCAGGACCGAGUACAUGAGCUUCCCCCCUCCCCUGCAACGCUCGCCACUAAACACCUCCACAGAGAAAAGGCCUGCGAGCCAGAGAGAACCUGGCUGGCUCAACACCUCCCUCCCAGCCAACACCACCACCCUCCACAACCACCACCCUCCAGCCAACAAUACCUCCAUCCACAACCGGCUGCAACCCCAGGACUCGCCCUCCCUUUCCCACCCCCGCCCCAUGGGCUUCGACCCCCAGGGCUCCCAGGAGAGCUUCAGCAGCCUCGCGGACCCUGUCGACCCCACCACCGUCACCAAGACCUUCAGGGCGGGACGCAAGGCCUCGGCCCAGGCCAGCCUGGCAUCCAGGGACAAGACGCCAACCUCCAAGGGCCGCCGGCGCAGGAGCAAGGGACAGCCCAAGAACACAGGGCGAGAGAGUGACAGUGUGUCCAGCGCUGCAGACGUGGUCCAGCAGAGGGCGCUGAAGCCCCGUCCCAGGGACCUCAACCAGAACCUGCUGGACAGACUGACGCAGGAAAAGCUGGACAGCAAGACCAAACCUGGCAACAAGCCCAACGACCUCUCGUCAGCCUAUGCUUGGAGAACACCCUUCCUGUCUAACAGAAUAGCAUGUACUGAAGCACCAGAUGCCAGCAGUGAGUUCUCCCUGUUUGAGGCCCUGAGGGAGACCAUCUACUCUGAGGUGGCCACGCUCAUCUCCCAAAACGAGGCCCGACCCCACUUCCUUAUUGAGCUGUUCCAUGAACUGCAGCUGCUCAAUACCGACUACCUGCGCCAGAGGGCGCUCUACUCCCUGCAGGACAUUGUGACCAGGCACCUGACGGAGAAGAGCGCGGCCAAGGACCAGGCCUCGUCCCUGGGACCCGCGGCCUGGGCUGGGGGCUCCCAGUCGGAGCUCACGCCCAGCGAGAGUCUGGCCACCAGUGAUGCGGAGGGCUCAGAGAAGAACGUGAGGAUCAAGCCGGAGUCCAACCGGAGGAGGAAUGUGGGAGACCGUGUGGACGACGAUGACAGCAGCAUGUCCACCUCCUCCAACCUGGAGCCUUUUGCCAACGAUGACCUAGGUAACACGGUGAUUCACUUAGACAAAGCUCUGGCCAGAAUGAGAGAGUACGACCGCAUGAAGUCUGAGUUUAACCCCUGCAACGCCCCUGCUACUACUAUCACUAAUGCAGCCGCUGCCUAUGGCCCAGAGGCCUGUAGGGCUGAGCGUACUCCUGCUAGCGCUGCUCAGCUUCUAGAAGGGGCGGGCGACGUGCGCUGCCCCCAGAUUGAUACCCAGCAGCUGGACCGACAGAUCAAGGCCAUCAUGACGGAGGUCAUCCCCUUCCUCAAGGAGCACAUGGAGGAGGUGUGCUCUCUCCAGCUUCUGCAGGCUGUGAGGCGCAUGGUCCUCACCCUCACCCAGCAGAACGACGAGAGCAAGGAGUUUGUACGCUUCUUCCACCGCCAGCUGGGAGGCAUCUUGCAGGACUCCUUGGGUAAGUUUGCGGGACGUACCCUGAAGGACUGUGGCGAGGACCUGCUGGUGGAGAUCUCUGAGAUCCUGUUCAACGAGCUGGCCUUCUUCAGGCUCAUGCAGGACCUGGACAGUAACGGAGGUGGCCCCAUGGGGGGGGGCAGACACAGACCCAAGAAGAUAGCCGAGCAGAACAACACCAAACACUUCCACCCACCUGAGGAAAAAGAGACAACCGGUGAAGAGUGUGCUACCCCCGUGUAUCUGGACGAGGACAAGGACCAGGACGAGUCAGAGGUGAGCGGCCGGUCUCUCCUGGCAGAGAGGGCCCAGCAGGGGGAGGUGAGCGAGAGCAGCGCGGCCUCAGAGGAAGAAGAAGAAGAUGGAAAGGGACUCCCCCUUUCUAUUAGCCUGUCCAAGGCAGAGACCCAGGCUCUGACUAACUACGGGAGCGGAGAGGAUGAGAAUGAGGUGGAGGAGAUGGAGGAGUUUGAGGCCGGCCCUGUAGACGUCCAGACCUCUCUGCAGGCCAGCCACGACGCACUGGCAGAGACGCAGAUGGUGAAUGGACAAACACCUAAUGGCGUCAGGGAGACAAAGUCAGACCAGGAGAGCUCAGAAAGUAAUGACGUGAAGAGCAGCAAGUCAGAGUCCAUAGAAGUGGUGGACUCUCCAGAGGAGGAGCGGGUGGAGGCUGGUGCUGAGGCCCAGCGCCAGGGCCCUGAGGGGGGGAGCCCCGGCCAUGGGGGUGCUCCAACCUCCAUGACCAAGCAGCCCUCACACUCCAGCGGCAGCAGCAGCAGCAGUCCCAACACUGAGUCACCUGUCAUGGUCAACGCAGAUGAGGUGGGGUCUGGAAACACCAGUCAGAAAUCUGAUGAGGACGACUUUGUCAAAGUGGAGGACCUGCCUUUACAGCUUACCGUUGUGUGUGAGGAGCAGCUUCAGAAGAGGAUGGUGGAGGAACAGCAGAGCAACAACCUGUCAGCAGAGAUCCUCAAUGGUAAUACAGACACACUGACCAGCCUCGUGGGCAGCGAACUGGCCCUCAAAGAACCAGAAACAGUUGGUGCACAAAGUGCAUGAAAGCACUACCGCUUUUGACUACUAUGGAAACACUAAGCUGGCAUAAUUCCUGCACCCUAAAUUCCAUAUUCUUGAAACCUAGCUUGAAACAUCAGAACAACUUUGUUUCCUUUUUUUCUGAAUGUGUCGUUAUUUGUUGCUGGUUUGGGAUUUGUGGGAAGGUUAUGGUUGGGUUGGGGCUGGCUUUAUGCUGUGUUAUGGAUAACAUUUUUCAACGUUUUGUUUGAACCGUUAGUUUUGCAACUUGUUGAGAAUUGCCUUAGUCCUGUCUAGGGGAUAUUUAAUGAUCAGUUUGAAACAUUGUCAUUUUAAUCAUUUUAUAUUUGGUGUCUCAGCCUUAUUUCAUCAAACCAGUUGCAGAAACCCGUACCCACAUGUUGCUCCACGUGACCCCUAAACUUUGAGAACUAGAGGAAGCAUGUAGUCCAUGUACAGAACAUUGCAGGAAGAUCGCAGCUGAGUACAUGCAUCUGGAGCUUGUUGGGGAAAAUGUAUGCACUCUUUUUUUUCUUUUUCAAAUCUUCUUUUUACCUUUUAAAGCCAUGAUGAUUUCCAUAUAAUAAAAUUGUUGACUACUGUAUGAAGUUUAAAAAAAAUAAAAACAAUGAAACUUUU